AGCCAAAGAGCCCCGCUUUGCUGCGUCCGGUCAUCGCACCGUGACUGAACGAAAAAAGCGGUCGGUGACAACAAGACGUCCCUUGAUCGCAGUUGCUGGCAUACCGAGCCGCUCAAAGUCCACGUAGGCCUGUUUUGAAGAGGUGCUCUCACAGCAGCAAAUUCGCCGCGAGCGCCGACGACGUUUCGGUGAGGUCUGAAGACGCGAGAAAACGAUGGCCGCGUUGGUCGCGCGCCCGCGCGCCUUCUCAAUGACGCGGACGCCCGCGCAGCAGUACCGCCGCAGUCGCCUAUUGGACGCCCUCGACCUCGGCUGCUCCGCGUCAUCACUAAGACAGCGCAAGAUUACGGAAAGGAAAGACGCCGUCGCCUCGAAGUGCACGUUGGGCGAGCAGCUCCCGGAAGUGUUGUGGAGAGAAAUACUCGACUACGCCUCACUGUUGGACCUAGACCGCUGCGCAUCAGCAUCACGCUCCCUCCAAUCGUCGUCCGUCGACGCUUCAUUAGUAGGGAGAUCGACGGUCGACGUCGACCUCCAUCUGGACGGAAGGGUGUUACCGGCCUGUGCGGCGGCGCGGUGUCCUCAUCUCAAACAUUUGCGAGGCGCUACCGGCGCGGUGGCUUUGCGAGCGGCGGCGGGCGCCGCGAGACCCGCCCCGCUAGCCGAGCUCGAGACGCUCUCAUUAUAUCACCAGAGCGGCGCCGCUCCGGGCUUACUGAGACUGUGCACGUUCCAAUUGGGUCUAGGUGGUUACGCACGACUCCGCUUCCUGGAGAUCACGUGUCCGACCUACUCGGACCAGUUUGGAAGAGCGGCUCGUAGAUCCGCGGUGGGCAACGAUUCAGCAUUAUAUGGUUUCGUCGACGCGGCGCUACGGCAAGAGGCGUCCGGUUCGACACCUUCCCCACCAUUACCCUCACUUGAAGAUUUGAGAUUAGUAGGUUGGACGGAUCUGUGGAACUUGCGGGUCCAUCCGAGGCGGGAGCCGCCUCUAGAUGCGCUCGUGCGGACGCAUCCCACGUUGAAGAGAUUGAGCAUGCCCGGGGCACCGGGCGCGCGCCAUCUUGACCGAAGAGCGGGGGGCGAGGACGCGUGGCGCGAUUCACUAAGAGUGAACGCGUUGUCUGGCGAAUUACUACCACCGCUCUGCGUCACGUGCGGUCUAUGCGGCGCGACGCUCUACGAUCGGGUGAAUGCGUGUUUACUGGGACCAGGGACACAAAGACAUAUCGCGUUCGAGCUCUACGUCGAUAAUGAACCUGACCCUUCUACGACGGUCUCCGGCGCUCAGACAAGGAGAACGUGCAGUAAUAGGUGCCACGCAACUAGAAAUCAAUUCUUAUUGGCGGGGCGCGGCGGCUGCGUCUCGACGCGAGGGUUCCGCUGGGCUGUGGCUUGCGGGGACGGUUUAGCUGUGUGUACCGAUGUCACGACGGGAGAUAUUCUGGAUGCCGACGCGCUGCGCAAGGCCGCCGUCGAGGCCGUGCAGGCGCGGGGCGACUCCGACAGUGGUGAAGAGGACGGUUUUGAAGGGGACGCGGCCCGUUUUCUCGGGCGGCUGCGGCGCCUGACGGGCACGCAGGCGCCGCGCGGGCCGCGCACGGCCGGUGCGCGCUUGUUAGAUCGGAUCUCGCGCCACAUGCGGGACCUCGAAAGGUUGAUCCCGCCGGAGGACCGCCGCAAUCCCUGAUUUGUCGAUCGCCGCGACGGCGUGCCCCCACUACCAGUCUGCCUUCCACGCCGUCGCCGCGACCCCCUCCCCCGGACCUAAGACUCCCACGC